UUCCAAGCACAAGCCAACAAAACAGGACACCGAACCUUAACUGGAAAUGUAGAAUCGGUCCGGCCGUCUGCAGGCUAGAACAAACUAACAAAAAAUCUAACAAAAACAAAGUGCCCCGGCCGGCAGGAUGAUGGAAAGAAAUACUUAACAAAAGAAACAAACACAUCAGCACACAGUAAUGUGUACUAAACAUACACUUGCAUUUCCCUAUCCUCCUUGACCAUAGCUACAUUGAGUGUGUCGUAGACUAGACUAGUCGAUCUUGUUGCAUUCUAAAGCAUAAACCCUAGCUAGCUCCAGCCAAGCUUAGACACGCUCGAUCGAUCUCAGGCAUGGAGCUGGGUGAUCAUGGCACCAAGGACGAAGGUGGAAGAAGGACCCUGAGCGGCGACGACAACAAGCAGCAGCGCCUCAACGACGACAGCGACGAUGAGGGGACGAGGCAGCCGUACAACUGCACCUUCUGCAGGCGUGGGUUCCCCACGGCUCAGGCGCUCGGCGGGCACAUGAACAUCCACCGGAAGGACCGAGGGAGGGCAUCGACGCCGCCGAAGGUCGCAGAGAUAACCUUGCUCCAAGCCCAACGGGCGCCGCUGCCGCAGCUGGAGCUGCGGCUGUUCGAAUCCGGCCAUGUCGCCGACGCCACCGACCGUGGCAAAGAACAAGGCAGCGCCAGAUAUCGACGGAAGCACUACAUCGCCAUGGACUCUGAGCGACGACAAGAAGAGGAGGAUGAGGAGCUGGAUUUGGAGCUCAGACUUGGUUGGUAGCGCGGGUCAGUGAAUAAUCUUGUUAUAUAGUCAUAUGUCGGAUCUACUUGUACGAUCCAUCCGUCGAUCUCUAGCUAAUCUCUCAGUGUAUAUAUGUUUCACCAUUUUUGCAAAGAUUAUACAUAUAUACCUGUUGAAGAAAUAUCCGCCGGGUUCUUGAUUUUAGUUGAAAUUUUGAUGGGGAAGAUCUGGUUUCUAUGAUAACAACUGUUUUUGUUCGGAUUAGUGAUGAUCGUAUUAUCUAGAUCUUUUGCAGUAAU